CGGACAAGCAAAGAUCCAAAUUAUAACAAAACAAAAGCAGGUAAUGAAAACAAUCAAUCAAUUAAGCUGUGUCUCUGUUCAGCUACAAUGUUUUAAAUUCCUUUCUUCAUUGUUUUCUUUCUGGAAGAGAAAAGGGAAAACCCGAAUCUAGUAAAUCAAUAGAUACAAGACACAAGCUACGCAUAUAUCGAUUCACACACGCAAAGAGAAAAGAAAACACACAUAUCCACAGAGAAAGUUCUGAUCUUUUUUCCAAUCUCUUCUCUUUUUCCCUUUGUCUUCUCUCCACAUAUAGAUACAGCAAACCUGCAGUUGUAUGUAUUCGUCUGUGUGUUUAGAGCCUUUAUUUUCUCGUUCCAAGAUUGCAAUUUUCCAGGAUGUUUCAGUGUUUCUCUAGCGGGGGUUCUUACCCAUUUUGUUGUGGAAUCUCAUUUCAAUUGUGAAUUAUUGGGAUUUUACCUAAAGAUAAAAAUCAGAGGGUGUUAAUUUUAUUUGUAUGGGGAAUAAAUUGGGGAGGAGGAGGCAGGUGGUGGAUGAGAAGUACACUAGGCCUCAGGGGUUGUACCAACACAAAGAUGUGGAUCACAAGAAGCUCAGGAAGUUGAUUCUCGACUCAAAGCUGGCCCCUUGUUACCCCGGUGAUGAUGACUGUGGAUGCGAACUCGAGGAGUGUCCCAUUUGCUUCUUGCAUUAUACUACUUCUUCUGUUUAUCUUAACUCUAAGAAAAGAUGUCCUUUCUGCAAAACAUCAAAUUAUGCUGUUGAGUAUCGAGGUGUCAAGACGAAGGAGGAGAAAGGCCAGGAGCAACUUGAAGAACAACGAGUUAUAGAAGCCAAAAUAAGGAUGAGACAACAAGAAAUUCAAGAUGAAGAGGAAAGAAUGCUUAAACAAAGAGAACUCAGGUCUUCUAGCAGUAUGAUAGGACCAACCGAGGUUGACCAUUGCUCGACUCUAGAAAUUGUUGCUUCCCAUGAGGGCAUGGCAAUUAGGCCAUCUCCACGCCGAAGGCAAAAUAGGGAGGACGAGUUUGACCUUGAUCUUGAGGACAUUAUGGUAAUGGAAGCCAUUUGGCUUUCUAUUCAGGAAAAUGGGAGGCGCCAGGAUCAUCCACCCUACAGCGACGAAUCCCAAACCGAACAAUGCAUAGCGGACGAUCGCAGCCCCUCGCCUUCCGGUGGCCUAGCAUGCGCAAUAGCAGCACUCGCCGAGCGCCAGCAGUCAAACCCCGAGACCCCCGAAAACUACGCCUCAUAUGGCCGAGAAUCGGAGGACUACUACCCGACCGAAAGCGGCAUUGUAGUGUCGCCAGGCCGCCAGCUGGCUAUGGCCGCUGGGGACGACGAGGAUGACGUGGACUGGCUGGGCCGCAGCCGGUCGGAGAUGGCUGAGGCGGGCACGAGCUACAGGGGCUCGGACGAGUUUGACACAGCUGUUGGCAGCGGACCACAUGACGAGAGCCAAUGUGGGCCCAGGCCCGUUGGAGGCCCGAUUAGGCCCGAGAGCUUCGAGGAGCAGAUGAUGCUGGCAAUGGCUGUCUCGCUGGACACCCGAGCGAGGAACACUCCACCUGGCGUUGCUUGGCAGUAGCUUUUCUUCAGAUGAGGUAUUUUUCUGACGGGAGACGGUGCACAGUUACUAUUGUGUAUCUAUGCAUGACGGGAUUUUAUCUUUUUAUGGCCAGCCCUCAUUGGCUUUGCGUGGAUGAUUUCGAACAUGGAGAAUUAGUUUCUUUUUUAUACGUAGAAUACAGAAAAUCCAUUCUCUGGAAUCACGAUGUUUGUUUGUGUUCGGCAGUUUGAGGCCUCAAAUGGCGUGCAGAUAAUCGCGCAAAAUUGUUCGACGGCCUUUCGUUUUAGAACAUGUCUUAGGGCUACAGGUGGUAUUAUUAUAAUUUGUAAGUGCAUGAAAGCCUGUAUAUAAAUGUAGUGACUUUUGAUAGUUUUGAUACCUUAGAAUGUGUUGGCAAAGUGAACUCCAUUUUUGCACAAAAGAACCUCUCUCUUCCCUCCCUCUAUGUGAUCCAAAUGACUAUAUUGUGCCCAUUACAUAGAGCCGUUAAAUGAAACCGAGUCGCUCGUUUGCUGUUAAACAGGGCCAACUCGUUUAAAGCUUGUUUAGUUAACGAGUCGAACUUAAGUUUCGUUAGGCUUGAAAAAUUGAGGGUUUUACAUAAUUUCUGAAUUUUUUUAACAUAAUUUGAC